AUGACUAGUAACAAGCGUAGUGGAGGGGGCGUCCUCUUGGCUAUACACAGGAACUUAAACUCCUCAUCUGUGCAAUUUCCCUGCGAUAAUAUUGAAGCUGUUGGCGUUCUUUUGAAGUAUGGUCAUCGCCUUCUUUUGCUUUGCGUUGCUUAUAUUCCACCUAAUCAACCAACCUGUGUCUACCAGUCCUUAUGCGAUGCCUUAGAGCAACUACACCUUCAAGUAGGCCCUGAAUGUAACAUGGUUUUGGUAGGUGACUUCAAUUUGAAUAGCGCCAAUAGUCCUGGGGUUUCUUCUGACUUGCUCUAUGACUUGACAAACACACUCGGUUUACUGCAGCGAAGUGACAUCUUGAGUGUUCGAGGCUCCCAGCUGGACCUUCUCUUCUCUGAUUUGUCUUGCGAUGUGUCCAGGUCCAUCGAUUCCCUUGUCAACGAAGAUAUUCACCAUCCUGCUUUAUACAUUGAUCUAAGUCUUCAUUCAUUAGCAAUCACACCUCAGUAUAUACUAUCACCAAAUUAUUUCAAAUGUGAUAUCAAUCAAUUGAGAGCUGAUGUCAACAUCCUCAACUCUACUAUUGAACACUCAUCCCCUGAUAGUGAGGAAAAAUUCAAUAAAUACAUCACUACCCUUAGUGGUCUGAUUAAGAAAAAUACACCACUUAAAAGGAUCGGAAGAUCACCAUUCCCUCGCUGGUUUACCUCCGACUUAAAGUCCAAGAUUAUCAACAAGAAAAUACUACAUAGAAUCUACAAAACUACAGGUCUUGAGAGCGACUACUUGGCCUUCUCCAGAGCCAGAACUACUUGCAGAGUUCUUGCAACUGAUUGCUAUAACUCUUAUAUCGAACAUGUGGAUAGGACGAUCUCUACUAACCCAAAAGUCUUCUGGAGCCACGUCAAGAAUCUUCGACGCACAGAUUCUUUUCCCUCAAAAAUUACCCUUGGGGAUGAUGAAUCUUCUGUUCCUGAUGAAAUGUGCAACUUGUUUGCUCGCCACUUCUCAAGUGUCUUUUCUGAGUCAACUCAUAUCUCCCCAGCAUUGAUUCCGAGAGAUUGCAACAUAUAUCUUUCUCAGAUAAGAUGCAGCCCUGAGGAAGUGAAACAAAAGCUUGAUUCCUUGGACAUCUCAAAGGGUGUGGGACCCGACUGUAUUCCUCCAGUUGUACUUCGUUAUUGCAGCGACUUGAUUUGCACCCCACUCUCGCGUUUUGUCAACUCAAGUUUGCAGGAGGGAUUCUUCCCAUCGUCUUUAAAAACAAGCUUUGUUAUCCCAAUCUAUAAGGAUGGAAGAAGAGACUCAGCUACAUGCUAUAGGCCCAUCACUAUACAGUCCCCUAUCACGAAGAUGUUGGAGGCUAUUGUCCUUGAAAGUCUAAAGCCCCUCAUAUCCACUAUCUUGAUACCAAGGCAGCACGGAUUUACUAGCGGCCGGUCAACCGUCACAAACCUUGUCCCAAUAUGA